AUGACUUCCAAAGAAGAACCCAAGCCCUCCUCGGGGGAAGAACGGCGGCGGAGCCCCUUGGAUCACCUCCCGCCGCCGGCCAAUUCCAACAAGCCCCUCACCCCCUUCAGCAUCGAGGACAUCCUCAACAAGCCCUCGGUGCGGAGGAGUUACACGCUCUGCGGAACGGCCCACCUCCUCUCCGCCGCCGAGAAGCACGCCCCGGCAGGGCUGCCGCUCUCCGGCCGGGCGCUGCUCUCCCAAACCUCGCCCCUCUGCGCUCUGGAAGAGCUGGCCAGCAAGACCUUCAAGGGGCUGGAAGUCAGCGUGCUGCAGGCGGCCGAAGGCAGGGACGGGAUGACGAUCUUCGGGCAGAGACAAACGCCGAAGAAGCGUCGAAAGUCGCGGACGGCCUUCACCAACCACCAGAUCUACGAGCUGGAGAAGCGGUUCCUCUACCAAAAAUACCUGUCGCCGGCGGACCGGGACCAGAUCGCCCAGCAGCUGGGGCUCACCAACGCCCAGGUCAUCACCUGGUUCCAAAACCGCCGCGCCAAGCUCAAGCGAGACCUGGAGGAGAUGAAGGCCGACGUGGAAUCGGCCAAAAAGCUGGGCCCCAACCCCGCCGUGGACAUCGUGGCCUUGGCCGAGCUGGAGCCCAGCGCCGAGGGAAGGGGCAAGGCGCGGGCCGGUUCCCCGCCGCCGCCCCCCGCCGCCGCUCGGGAGCCCGGCGCCCCGCCACCGCCCCGCCCCGCCUCGCCCCCCACGGAGCGGCCCCGCAGCCGCCGGGACAGCGAGGAGGAGGAGGACGAGGAGGAGGAGGACGUGGAGAUCGACGUGGAUGACUGA